GCAAAAUCCUCCCACAAAAAACCCUUCCUCCCAAUAUCCCAAUCUCCUUAUCCUUUACCUCCUUAAACCCUCACUUCCUCUCCUCUUCUCUCUUUCUCUCUCUUUCGCCUCUCAAUUCUAUCUCUUCUUCAAUCUCUCUCCAAAAAUGGCGACGAACCCACUUCUCAAAACCCUCUCAAUGUCCCCAACUUGCUUCACUACAUCCCUUCAUACCCCUUCAAUCUUCAACCCUAAAUCCUUGUAUUUCUCAACCCCAGUAAAACCCACCAAGCUCAACAACCUCUCGCUCUCUUUCUCUCUCCAAAAAUCCACAAUUGUUGCAUGUGUUGCUCAAACCUCAGAAUGGGAGCAAGAGGGGUCCACAAAUGCUGUUCUUGAAGGUGAGUCUGACCCAGAAGGAGCGGUUAGUUGGGGUUCUGAAACUCAAGUUUCUGAUGAAGGUGGAGUUGAAGGAGGUCAAGGGUUCUCUGAACCUCCUGAAGAAGCUAAAUUGUUUGUGGGUAAUUUGCCUUAUGAUGUUGAUAGUGAGAAAUUGGCUGGGAUUUUUGAUGCGGCUGGUGUUGUUGAGAUUGCUGAGGUGAUUUACAACAGGGAGACUGAUAGGAGUAGAGGUUUUGGGUUUGUGACCAUGAGUACAGUUGAAGAAGCUGAGAAGGCUGUGGAGUUGUUGAAUGGAUAUGAUAUGGAUGGAAGGCAAUUAACAGUAAACAAGGCUGCUCCAAGGGGAUCACGCCCUGAAAGGGCUCCACGAGGAGAUUUUGAACCUUCGUGCAGAGUGUAUGUUGGUAACCUUCCAUGGGAUGUGGACAGCUCUCGCCUUGAGCAACUAUUUAGUGAACAUGGCAAAGUUGUGAGUGCCAGAGUAGUUUCUGACAGGGAGACUGGUCGUUCACGUGGAUUUGGCUUUGUCACUAUGUCCUCUGAGUCGGAGGUUAAUGACGCCAUUGCUGCUCUCGAUGGACAGACCUUGGAUGGAAGGGCAGUCAGGGUAAAUGUUGCUGAAGAAAGACCCAGGCGUGCUUUUUGAUUUAAUCCAUAAACGCAACUCUGCUGGUUGAUAGUAUUAGUUAAUUUUCUCCCCCUUUUUUUUUUUGCCCCCACUCUUUUGGUUGAGACUAUUAAUAGCUCAUAUUUUGACACCGGCGGUUCCAAAGAAUGUUGUGAUUUUAGUUAGUUCCUACAAUGGCUGCAAUUAUGGUAAUCAAACUCAUUUCAUAUUUCAAUAUACGCAAAUUUGCUAAA